AAAGAAAUAAAUAACGUCAAAAUCAGCUGGUUGAAGUCUUGUUGGUAAAUCACUGGGCUGUAUUAAAAUUUACGAAAACAAUCGCUUAAAUUAUAUCUACAAAUAUGCCAGAGGACUCAAAGAAAACAGCACAUAAAGGUAAACAUGACGCUAAGGAGCAACGUAAACCGCGACAGUCACGGCAAUAUGCUACUGAAAAAGCAGAAAAAAGAAUUGAGAAAAAAACUGAAAGUAAAGUUGCAACACCAUCAAAGCCGGUGUAUGAAGAGCCCGGACCAGAGUUCUACAAAAACUUGAAAAGGGAGACUGAUGACAUCCUCAAGAUCACCGAGGAAGCAAACUCCAAAUACAAGAAGAAAGAAAUACAAAGCAACUGGACUAAAUAUGAAAUGCCAAUUGAAAGUUACGAAGAGAUGGUGGAACAGGAAAACUUAGGUGCAGAUUAUGAGAAACUCGUACAAGCUCCUCUCUCAGUCGGCGGUCACUUCCAAUUCAAACAUGAAAAAAACUGGGACAUGGACGGAGGACCUUCUCUGUACGACAAAUACUUUGAAAUAGACAUGGAAACCCUAGCUACAGCCAUUAACACUGUACCAUUUUACGAAAGAAACAACAUAGACCUAUCUGUAUUCACCAAAUCUGAUAUAUUAACAAUGAACAACAGAGCUAUAAAAUAUAAAAAGAAAUAUUACAAUGACAAAUCAUACACUACUCCAGACUUGGAAGCAUCAGAAAAUAUAUUAAGACAGAAAUAUAGUGUUAGCGAAGAAAAUGUUGAAACUGAAACCAGUAAAAAGAAAACAACUUUAUCAGAAUCAGACUAUGGAAAUUUAGAAACGACAAAUGCUCGUGAUAUAUCUGAUCUAAUUGAAGACAUAAACCUAGGGUCAAAGAACAUUGAAACAAAAAUAGAAAAUCCAAACUUACAACACCAAGUAGUAGCAAAAUUAAGAAAAAAAUCAGAAAAAGAAACUAUUUGCAAAGAUGAGGCCAAAUUGGAAGAAUCAGGAACAGUGAAGGUCAAGAAUGAAGAAAUAGAUGAUAUUGAUGAAUUACUUCUAGGCAGUAGUAAAGCCACAGUGAAACCAAAUGUGCAGGAAACUAAGAAAGUGGAGAUUACUUCACUAAAAGCUGAAUCUUCUAAAGGCACAGACCCCGGAGAAAACCCACCUACAGAAAAUAAACCAGUCAUAGAACGCCCCGAGGACUUGGAAAAGUGGCUUGACGACUUCUUAGGAUAGUUUAAUAAAAUAGUGGUGACUGUUUUUGACUUAAAAUAGUCGAAUUUAUUCGGAUAUUGAAUAACACGAGCACUCCGUAAUUUUUUUUUUGAAUUCUCGCUAUAUAAACACAAUUUGAGCCAAAUCAGGCCAAUUUAGUGGCGAAACUUAAAAAUAGUGAGAUAUAAAAGUUAUAACCACAUAAUUUUGUUUCAUAUACUUUCCAAUCAAUUGUUAUAUUAUACAAUUCAUAUACACACUGUUACCACCCUGUACUCCACCUGCAUAUCGCAAAGUACGUCAUAAAAUAUAAACCAUAAUUUAAA